GCUUGGGGUUGGGAAUGGUUUUGGCACUGAAAUCAGUCCAAGUUCAUCCCCCCAAUAUUGCCAUAAACUAUUCGUCUCUUUUUGGGGCACUCUUUUAUAAAUUGGUUGAAUCCCCAAUAAAGAAUUGCCCUAAUUAACUUAGAGAGUAACAAUAAUGGAGUGGAAAAAGUGUUAUUUGGAUGUGAUUUUGGUCCCUAUUGGGUGUUUGAUAUGCAUUGGGUAUCAUGUUUGGUUGUGGCAUAAGGUCCGGACUCAGCCGCUCACCACCACUAUCGGCACCAACGCCGCCGGCCGCCGCCUUUGGGUCUCUGCCAUCAUGAAGGAUAACGAGAAGAAAAACAUAUUGGCGGUCCAAACCCUCCGAAACACGAUCAUGGGGUCAACCCUAAUGGCCACCACCUCCAUCCUCCUCUCCUCCGGCCUAGCCGCCGUGAUAAGCAGCACCUACAGCAUCAAGAAGCCGCUAAACGACGCCGUGUACGGCGCCCACGGCGAGUUCAUGGUGGCGCUCAAGUACGUCGCCCUCCUCCUCGUCUUCCUCUUCUCCUUCCUCAGCCACUCCCUCUCCAUCCGCUUCAUAAACCAGGUCAACUUCCUCAUCAACUGCCCGCCGGACAGCGCCGGAAUCGUGUGCCCGGAGUACGUGUCGGAGCUGCUGGAGAAAGGCCUCACGUUGAACACCGCCGGAAACCGCCUGUUCUACGGCGCGCUUCCGUUGAUGAUGUGGAUUUUUGGGCCGGUGUUGGUGUUCUUGUGUUAUGUCACCAUGGUGCCUGUGCUUUAUAAUCUGGAUUUUGUUUUUGUUGGCGCUAAAGGGAAGCAGAAGAUGAAGCCUGAUUAUCAUGAAAAUGACGCUCAUAAUAAUGGGCCUGUAAAUGUGUAAUAAUGAUAGUGUAUGAUAAUAAUAAUGAGAUAAAUUAAACCUUGUGUAGUAGUGCUUGUAAUCUUGUGAACUUUGUCUUUCUAUUUUUAGAUUAUGGUAAUUUAAGUAUGAUUUGAUAUUA